AUGGGAACAUAUAUUCCUCCUCUUGAGGUGACUGUAGGGCAGCGCAUGGAACCUAGACGCACAUUGUUAGGGUUCAAUCUAGUACCUGCACCUUGCACAAUGCAGGUUAUACCGAUCGCAGAAGUAUUCCAAAACUUUUUUUCGAUGCCUGGUAUCUUGAAGGAUAUUUUAGAACACUUAGAUUACCUCAAGCAUUCAACUGGCGAUAUUGAAAAUAUCAUGCAGGGCAGAGUAUGGCGAGACAUCAUGGCCAAGGAAGGAGAUGGAGAUCACUUGAAUCUGCCUUUGAUAUUAUUUUAUGACGAUUUUGAAGUCGGGAACCCUCUGGGUAGUCAUGCGACAGUACAUAAAUUGGGUGGAGUAUAUUUAUCGCUUCCAUUUCUCCCAGGUCAUUAUGUUUCUCAGCUCGAUAAUAUUUUCAUUAUUGCACUCUUUCAUGCAUCAGACAGAGUCGAUUUUGGAAACAAUAUGGUGUUUCAAAAAGUUAUUGAAGUGUUGAAUAAUUUGCGCAACAAUGGCAUAAAUGUUACAACAGAUGCCUAUACGGGUACCAUCAAGUUUCACGUUGCUUGUAUCACAGGAGACAACCUUGGUUUAAAUGGAAUUCUUGGUUUUGUAGAGAGUUUUGUAGCGAAUCAUUUCUGCCGGAUAUGUUCAGCACAUAGAGAAGAAACUAAAUAUAUGUUAUACGAGGACAAAGUUUUAUUAAGAUCACCAGAAAGCUACGGAAGGGAUGUAUUUUUAGGAAACUAUUCAGAAACUGGCAUCAAGGAACGGUGUGUUUUUCUCAAUUCAUUAGAUGGUUUUCAACUUUUUGAACAUGUCUCCGUUGAUCUCCUCCAUGAUUUUUUAGAAGGUGCUUGUCGAUAUGUUAUGUCUUAUGUUGUACAAUUUCUCGUGCAAGAAUCUAAGCUCGUGCCGUUGAACAUCAUGCAGAGCAAAAUAGCUAGUUUCAAUUAUGGCCCAGACUCAGGUUCUAAGCCCACGAAUUGUCUUAUUGUUGAUGGUAGCACUUUGAAAUUGAAAACGUCAGCUGCCGAGAUGAUGACUUUAGUCAGAUAUUUUGGUAUUUUAGUAGGUUACUAUGUUCCUAAUGACUGUGAAGUAUGGGAUUUGUAUAUAUAUUUGAGGAGGAUUUUGGAUAGACUGGUGAACCCUAGAGUUAGUAAUGAAUCUUCACAACAAUUGCAAUUUUGGGUUGCGGGACUGAAUGAAUUGUAUAUUAAACUCACACAGUCUGCACUCAAACCCAAGUUUCAUUUCCUCGUGCAUUAUCCAGAGAUGCUCCUUAAGUUUGGUCCACUAACCCAGAUUUGGACGAUGCGUUUCGAAGGUAAACACAGAGCCUCCAAAAUAACGGCUCGAUCCUCUUCCAGUCGAGUGAAUAUUUGCAAAACAAUUGCGAUUAAAAAUCAAUUAGCAUUGAAUGACAUUCUCAUAAAUAAUCGAUUCUUCAGCAAGAUGAUUUGUGGAAAGAAGAUCAAAAUUGAAGCUAAUGCACUUCCAUCCAACUUCACUCAAGAAAAGCUCGAUUUACUAGACAAAUAUCUCUACUCUGAUUCGAAGGGUACUGAUCAGUUAGGUCCUUCCAUCCAAUUACAACAAAACACACUUUGUAUUUCAAUGUUCAUGGCACUCUGUGAUACAUGUUCAUUGACACUGACAAUUAAAAACAGGAACGAGAUUUUAUUGAGAGAAACAUUUAAUACUACGAAUGAAGUGUGGAAGCCAAUCAAAGUAAUUUAUGACAACUCGAAAUUGAAAGGUGAGGAAUUAUUCAUGUAUCCUACCCGGAUACAGAAUGCACCAGACACUGAUCAAGGAAUGUGGGCUUUAGAUGAUGUCAGAUUGUGUAAUAAAGAUGAAUAUAGGUAUUUGAAAUCUGAAGAAAGGAAUACUCCUUGUCAAACGAUUGCGAUUCAAGAAGAAACACUUCUGAAUACUGACGGAAAUGAUGAAAUAAAAACCCAUGGUAUAAAAUGUCCAGAAAAUUCAUUUGGCAAACGGUGCAUACCGUGUGCAAUUUUUGGGAUGGAUUACUGUUCGGAUUUUGAAUACUGCGAAUAUAUCGAUGGUCAUAAAGAAUGUCAUUGCACACCUGGAUUUGAAGAAAGUUGCAGUAAAGAAUGUAAACCUGGCACCUAUGGUCAUGGAUGUCAAGAAAUAUGCUCUCCAUAUUGUUCAGAUACGAGAUGUCGUCAUAUAGAUGGAUACUGUAUGAAGGGUUGCAAGUAUCCUUUCACAGGAAAGAACUGUGAAAUACCACCAGAACCAUUCUUUGUUCAUCAACCGAUUGUGUCUGACAUCACAUUUUCUUCGACCCAAGUGAAAAUGGAAAAUUUCGAAGUGGUAGGAUAUGAUGACAGGUAUCCUUCCUAUUUUUUUCAGUACAUCGAAGACCCUAAUCAAUCUCCGAAUGAGGAGCAAAGCUCAUCUAAGAAUGAUCAGAAUUCGUGGAUUCGUGUUGGUGAUGAGUUCACCAUCAACGAAACAAAAUUCGUUUUGAUAAAAAAUUUGAAACCAGAUACAUAUUACAGAGUGAGAGCCGUGAUGAAUAUCAAUAAAAAUGGUAGAAAAUUGAAAGAAGAUAAGGAUUUCGUGAAGUCUACCAGAUGGAAAACUUCUUGCAAUGAAAUAAGUGAUUCCGACAUCAAAAUUGAACCUCAUAAUAUCACUGCAUCAGUAACUGUGCAGAUCGAAGCUAAAAAUAAGGGAAUUGAUCAAUAUGGAAAAAGAUCAAACGGAAUAACAGUAGCCAUUAAGGCAGAAGCACCCCAACCACCCUAUCAAGUUCAUCUUUCGUGGAAAGAAAAUAAUGAUUUGAACAUUUCAUGGUACCAUCCCAAUGUGACCAAUGGACUGUUGAAGAGUUUUGAGGUUCAGUUGAAACCCGCAAACCAGAAAGAAAUAACAAGUUAUUACCGAUUACCAUCACAAGAAAACUACAAACUGGUCUACUUCUCUAUGAUUGAAGCAGCUUCACUCGAGAUGUGUACGAAGUAUAAAGUGGCAAUAAGAUCUCACAACGAGCAUUUUCCCAGCAUCCUCACACCUUCAUAUGACAUCAUUACGCCUCCUGCAUUGCCUGCAGACAUUCCCAAAGAAAACAUACAAUACAACAGUACCAACACCACCAUAACCAUCAGAAUAGAGUUUCGAGUAUACGAAGACAGGUUUCACAACGAAAACAUUUAUGUCAUUGUAUCCAAGUAUGGAGAAACAGAAGACUUACUAGAAUUUACCAAGAGCUUGCAGGAUGGAAGGGAACCCGUCCUGCAAAAGUCCAAAGUAGUAUUGAAAUCAAAAGGAAUGGACUAUCCAAGCAUUUUCGUGAUUGGCGAACAAUUUAUGAAUUCUACUAGUCUUUCUAACCCACCUUUGGAACCUGGCACCAAUUACAGUGUUGCUUUUAUAUUCGUAAACGAGUGUUACAAUGUGAGGAGGCUAAAAAUGAUACAGGAAUACAUGAAAACGAUAGGUGAUGAAUACAAAGACGAUGUGAGACUCUGGGCGCUGAUUCUUCUUAUGUUCAUACCUUUGUCAGCAUUUGGAUUUUGGUAUAUUAAACAUAAGCCACAAUAUGUUGAAACGACAGUAGGACAAGAAAGAGAUUCGCACGUGUAUGAAGAACCAUUGAAUGUGCAAAUAUAUGAAAUUCCUUCGAGACUCAAUGCAGUAAUUCCAAAGGAAUCCGUACCCACGUACCUAAAGGUUCUGCGAACAAAAUACUCGAAGAAGAUAAAAUUGGUUGAUUUUGUGGACUAUGUUAAAGUAGCAGUAGACAGUAUGGAAUUGGAAAAUCAGCAUGAUCUGUUUCCCAGAGGAUUAUUCCAAAAAUGUGAACGGGGAUCAUUGACACAAAAUAAAUCAAAGAAUCGGUACCAAAAUAUCAUAGCAUAUGAUCACACCAGAGUGGAGCUUGAAGAAAUUCCUGGAGAUGAAUAUUCUGACUACAUCAAUGCAAAUUAUAUAGACUUGGAGCAGUUACACUUCACUAGUUGGCCGGAUCAUGGGGUACCACUAUAUCCACAAACUCUGGCACCAUUUCUUCAAAGAAUGUUGAGAAUUCCCUAUAACCCACCGUCUCCCAUCUUGGUGCAUUGUAGUGCCGGCGUUGGUCGUACAGGCAUCAUCAUCCUGUGCGACAUUUGUCUGCGCAUGGCUGCUGGAGAGAACGCCAUGGAUUUCCUAGCCUACUUAGAAAUUCUGCAAGAACAACGCCCUUCUAUGUUAGAAAAUGCAGAACAGUACACAUUUGCCCAUUUGGUGGUGCUAGAAUGCCUUUUUAGCAUGCGCACAGCGGUGCCAUGUUCCAAGGACAUGGAACAUCUGGUGGAUAUGGUUCUGCAGAAUAACGGGGUAGCUCAGCAAAUGAAAUACCUUGAAGAGACUCAGUGGCAGGACUCCAUAAUGGAAACGAUAAUGAAGAGAGGCACGAACAUUUCAAUUCAUGCUGAGAAGAACAGGUCCCAAGAGAUCGUACCAGAACGCUACAGAGUGUUCUUGGCGUCUUACCCCGCAAAUGAUCCGAAAUCAUCAUAUAUCAAUGCAGUUUUGGUAGAUGGUUUUCGCAACCCGGGCAGGUAUAUCGUGACGCAGCAGCCAAUGCCGAACACUCUGGGAGAUUUUUGGAGACUAGUGAUUGAACGUGGGUGCUCCGUUAUCAUCAAUCUGAACUCAGUGAAUCCGAGAGACAAGAGUUUGUGCAAGUUUUGGCCAACAGAAGGGGAUGACAUGACUCCUGUGGAUUUUUUGAUUAUUCGACAUGUCACAACGAAGGAGUUCGAAUGUUACAAAAUCGUAACAGUCUUAGUUGAAGUAGAUGAUUCUAUGGAGGAAUUUUCAGUGGAUAUCAUAUCAAUGAAAGGGUGGAAACCUGGUCAACUGCUGCCGAUCAAUAUGGAAGAAUUCUUGGUUUUCAGGGAUGCUGCAGAUGCUAUAUCCAGGAAUUCAAAAAAUGUCAUUGUUACUUGCUAUGAUGGUGCAACUGCUUCCGGCUUAUACUUGGCGAUGUCAUUCUUGAUAGAGAGGAUGAAACUAGAACAAGAAUGUGACGUAUGUUUGGCAGUGAGGAGUAUUCGACAUAGCAGAAAGCAUUUCGUCACCACAGAGGAGCAGUACGAAUAUCUUUUCAGAGCAUCGCUGACGUUCAUCAAUGGAUUCCAGAGUUACGCAAAUUUCGAUUAGUUUAGCGAAAUAUGAAUUUUUCUGUGCCUGGAUUUAUCAGAAUUUUAAUAUUGCUUCCUGUAAAACACAACUGAGUAGUCAACAUAUCUACUUGUAUAUUAAUUUGAGUAUUAUUCAAAGUAUUGUUCUAUCUCUAGUUCAAUCAGUAUUAUUGAAUUGAGUUGCUUCUGAGGAAUCAAAAUUUGUAUUUAUUGUGAUCAUACUAUACCCAAGCCUACUAAAUUCACCAAUUUCACGAUAUCGCACCAAUACUGAAUAUAGAAUAUCG